AUGACCGAUUGUGACAAUUUUACUCAACCUUCAGCUAUUUCACAUUUUAUUCGCCCAUCUAGAACUGAUAGUGUAGUAGUCAAAAAUCAGUACUUUGAUAAGCAUCCCAUUCAACCGUAUAUUCAGUCAGGUAAAGGAAAACUUGAUUUUAAAAGAAUAUAUUUCAAAAUAUUACCUAAUAAUGAAACUAUUCAAAGAAAAUGGAUAUCAUACUCUACUGAGACUUGCUGCUUAUACUGUUCUGCUUGUAUGGCUUAUGGAAGUCUAAAAAUACUUGGUGCAAUGGAAUCAAAGUUUAUCAUUGGAUAUGAAGCUAAUAUUAAAGUAAACAAAAGCUUAUACCAGGAUAUAGAAAGACAUGAAAAUUCUAAAACUCAUGAGGAAUCAAUUUCGACAGCUAUCCGUUUCAAACUUAAUAAUGAUAUUGAAAAUGUUAUCAACCGAGAUGUCAUGACAAAACGAGCAUUGGAGGUUGAAAAUCGAAGAAAAGUCUUAGAAAGGUUAAUUGAUAUUAUUAUAUUCAUUGGCCGACAAGGUAUUCCUUAUAGAGGAAAAUUUGAAGGAGCUUAUUCACUAAAUAAUGAUAAACGAAACCAUGGAAAUUUUUUGGAACUUGUGAUGCUAAUCUCAAAAUAUGAUAACGUUCUCCAACAACAUUUAAAUACAUCUAUACAACUCAGUGAAAAAAAUAAAUCUAAGAAGGGUCGUGGAUCGUUGGUUACAUUUUUAUCCAAACAUUUCAUUAAUGAUAACAUACUAGUACCUAUAAGACAAGAAAUUCAAAACAUUAUUGUGAAGGAAAUCAAAGAAUGUCAAAAGUUCAGCAUAAUGAUUGAUUCAACACAGGAUGUUAGUGUGAUGGAUCAACUUGCUAUUUGUGUGAGUGGUUUAGCUCUUUUUGAAUUGUUAAAAAAAGAAUUAAAAAGGGUAGGACUUCCGUUAAAUGAUAUUGUGGCUUGCUCAUUUGAUGGUGCUUCAAACAUGAAGGGCAUUUAUAAUGGAUUACAA